GAUUGCGGCUCAUUAUGCUACCUACACGCCUCCCUAUUUGACAGCUUGACAGACAGCUCAGACAAUAUAACCUCAAAAAUGUUUUGAGGUUACGACUCAUUUUGCUAAUUCACAUAUUAUUAAAUAUUUCGUUACUUUAAAAAAAUGCUUUCUAGAACCCUUGCGAUACGAUCAAUCCUAUCAAAUGUAAUUACAAAAAGGCAACUUACUGUUACACCACUUCGGUUGCAACAACAACAAGAGACCGAACGUGUUGGACUUCGAGAAAUCACCAAGGAUAGGACUGAAGUAAUCCCUUUAGAAACCAGCAUACGAUAUCUCAAAAGUGCCGCCUAUAAACAAACCUACGGUGAAGAGCCCGUCUGGGUGCCGUACAGAAGGAACCAUAAGGGAGCAAUUCCACCAAGAAAAACCAGAAAAACUUGUAUUCGGGGAGGUCAAAUAUCCACUGGAAGCCCUUGUCCAAUUUGCAGGGAUGAGUAUUUGGUACUGCAUGAAGAACAUCUUGAGUUAUUAAAGCAGUUUAUAUCUCCUCAAACUGGAGCUAUUUUAGAAACCAGUAAAACAGGGUUGUGUAGAAAAAGACAACUGGAGCUUGAGGUUUGCAUCCAGAGAGCUCAAGAUCAAGGUCUGUUAACAUUUGAUGUUCCAUUUAGAAAAUACGAUUAUUCUUUGUAUAACCCACUAUUUAAGAAAUAA